AUGUCGCGCGCAGGCAGCGUGCCCGACUUUCUCAAGCCGACGCCACGGGUCAAGGGUGCCAGCCAGAAGCUCUGGUCCUUUCUCGCCAACAACCUCAACUUCUACCGGAUCCACCUCACCGUCUUUACGCUCACCCCGCUCGUCUUCUCGGCCAUCUACUGGGCCUCCAACACGACGGAGAUCAAGUACAUCGACUGCCUCUUUGUAUGCGUCUCGGCCAUGACCGUGACGGGCCUGACGCCGAUCAACCUGAGCAUCAGCACGCCCUGGCAGCAGGCCAUUCUCUUUUUCCUCAUGUGCAUCGGCAACAUCAGCGCCGUGUCGAUCACAAUGGUCCUCAUCCGCCGCCACUUUUUCCGGCUCAAGUUCGACGACGUGAUCCGCAAGAGUGCGCGCGCGCGCAAGCGCAUGCAGGACGUCGAGGUGGCGCACCAGAAGGAGAAGCGCAAGGAGCUCAUCCGGCUGCAGCGCCUCGUGGGCUUGCGCAAGCGCCACCGGCGCCAUCCAGUAGGGGGAGAAGGCAGCCCGCGGAGCAGCGCAUCGACCGACUCGAUUGCGUCUGCCGAGCUGCGGGCCGAGCGCAAGAAAAAGGCGACAAAGCACAAGAAGGGCCCGCUGCGCGCAGACAUGAUCAAGCGCAUGGACCAGCCCGCGGUGCUCAUCAACCCCAUGGGCAUGCCCUCGACGGCCGUGCGCGAGCCGACGCCGGAGCAGCCGCCGCCGGAGCAGCCGACGCCGGAGCAGCAGCAGCAGCAGCAGCAGCAGCAGUCUGUGAUGAGCAGGUCGCCAAGUGCACACUUCGCUGCGUCGACUGGCGGCGGCGGCGGCAUCCUCGCCAGCAGCGGAGGCGGGCCCGACGAGAGCGGCGGCGACGACCAGCAGCCAAACGUGCGUAUCGCGCUGCCCGACGAGAGCCAGCGCCGCCGGUCCAACGUCACCGCCAUGCCCAGGACGGCCGAGCCACACCGGACGCGAUUCAGCGACGCCGCAGACGACGACGACGCUGCUGCUGACGAGAGGCGGCCUGCCCGGCGCACAUCGGACCCAACGCGCGGCGGCCAGUUGACCCACCACGCCCGCCACGGCUCCGACGUCGGCGCGAUCCGGCCCCUUGUCACGCGGCCCGCCCCUGACUUUCCACGCGCACAGACCGUCGAGUUCUCGGAGCCAUACGUAGACAGGGAACGGCGCUCGGUCAAUCACGACCGCUCGGCGGCCACCACGACAGCCUUUUCGCCCGGCGCAGCGCAAUCGCUCGGCCCAGGCUCCGCCUCGCUGCGCAACCGCGUGCCCACGCUCGACUUUGAGCGGACGCCCACCAUGCGCUCCUCGACUGGUCAGGGCGGCUACGGCUACGGUGGCUACGGACGGCGCAACACGGGCGUGCCCAUGACGCGCACCCAGACGACGUCCAAGGAGCGCGGCUUCGGUGGCUUUCCCACGCCCUUUGAGAUUGCCGGCUUUGCCCUCAAAAAGGCCCUGCCCCAGCUCGAGGAACGCUUCUCACGCUCGACGACGAUGCCGCGCACCGCCACCUUUGCCUCGACCUACUCGGCCACGGGCGCAAACGUGGACCCCAACACGCGCUCGGCGCCCUACCUCUCCUUUGACGCCACCGUCUCGCGCAACUCGCGCUUCCACGAGCUCACCGAGACGCAGCGCGACGAGCUCGGCGGCGUCGAGUACCGCGCCAUUGAUCUGCUCGCCAAGCUGCUGCCCGCCUACUGGUUCGGCAUCAACUUUCUCAUGGUCGUCCUCGUCGCGCCCUGGCUCGCCAGCGCCUCGGCCGUCACCGUGCACCGCGUCUUUGCCGAGCAGGGCGCCACCGCACCCGACACGACCUGGUUCUGGUUCUUCCAGGUCAUCUCGGCCUACUCCAACACCGGCUUCAGCCUCAUCGACACAUCCAUGAUCCAGAUGGCCGACCAGUACUUUAUGCUGAUCCCCAUCGGCCUCCUCAUCCUCGCCGGCAACACGGCCUUUCCCAUCUUUCUCCGCUUCUUCAUCUGGCUCUGCUCCCUCUGCGUGCCCAAGUCGUCGCGCGUCUACGAGACGCUGCGCUUCCUCCUCGACCACCCGCGCCGCUGCUUUGUCUACCUCUUUCCCAGCGCCCAGACCUGGUUCCUCCUCCUCGUCCUCGUCGUCCUCAACUCGACCGACUGGAUCUUUUUCCAGGUCCUCGACAUUGGCAACCCGGUCAUCGAGGCUUGGUCCGUGGGCCAGCGCACGUUUGACGGCCUGUUCCAGUCGAUUGCCGUGCGCGCUGCUGGCUUCCAGAUCAUCUCGCUCCUCGCCCUCGCACCCGCCGUCCAGUUCCUCUACAUUGUCAUGAUGUACAUCUCCGCCUAUCCCAUCGCCAUGUCCGUGCGCAACACCAACGUCUACGAGGAGCGCUCCCUGGGCAUCUACAACGACAGCGACGAGACGCCGCCGGCGUACGACGACGGUGCCCUCAACACGGGCGGCGCCAAGGUCUGGGGCACCUACCUGGCUGCCCACGCGCGCCGCCAGCUCGCCUUUGACAUCUGGUGGCUCGGCUUUGCCCUCUGGCUCAUCUGCAUCAUCGAAAAGACCAACAUCGAGGACCCGGCCAGCAACGGCUGGUUCACCGUCUUUUCGUGCCUCUUUGAGCUCACGUCGGCCUACGGCACCGUCGGUCUCAGCACGGGCACGCCGUACGACAACUUUAGCCUGUCGGGCCGCUUCAGCACCCUCUCCAAGCUCGUCGUCAUUGCCGUCAUGCUCCGUGGCCGCCACCGUGGCCUGCCCGUCGCCAUCGACCGCGCCAUUUUGCUUCCCAGCGACCUCGAGUACGAGGAC